CCGGCCUGCGGGCUCUGGGGAGGAAGCGCCGCUCGGGCCCGAGUCCCGGUCGUCCUACGAGCCGAGGACCGCGAGCAUUCGGGCCGAGCCGCGCGCCGGGCCCGGAGCUGCCCCCGGAGAGCGGCCCGGGCGCCUGCUGCUCGGUCGGGCCGGCCUCCCGCGCGGGGCGGGUGUGGGAGCCCCCCCAGGCGGAUAGCGGCCCCAGGUCCUGGCGGUGCGGCCGCGGGUGGUCAGGGCCGCCGCGGGCGGAGGCGCCCCGGCGAGCGAGCCGCCGGCCACGGGGCCUGGCCGAGCACGCGAGCGGACGGGGCUCGCCAGGGGGAAGCGACUGCGCUGGGAACCCAGGAGGUGCGGGGAGGGGCGGCGAGCGGAGCGGCGGUGGGAGCCCGGCGGUGGGUGACCCGUGUGCCAGGCGGGACCGUCCUCUGCGUGCGGUGCGGGCCCUCCGCGGAGGGAGGACCACUCCACGGACAGGUGCAGGGGUGGCUCCGGGACUCCACUUGCAGAGCUCCGGAGGGGAUGCGCCUGGUCUCUGCUUGGAAUGGGUUUAUCUUGUUUUCUCUUUUGUUUUCUUUGUGGCUGAGGCUGAAGCAGGGACACCGGCAGAGAACUCACCCCGUUUAGCCCCUUGCCAGGCCCCAUGGGCCCUGGGGCUGGCAGUGGACUGGCAAGGCUCCCCCUCAAGGAACUUGCGUUCUAGUAGGAGGCAAUAGAGGAAUAAAGUGGAAGGCAGGCAGAAGUGAUGCUCACACAGAAGAAAGCAGGGCGGUGUGACCUGAGGGACAGGAGCCCGUUGGACAGUCACAGAGGGCCUCUCUGAGGAGGCAGCCUUGGAACAGCAGAGGGAAGAGGACCGCAGCCAGCCCAGCCGCGAGGGCUGCCCAUCGGGAACAAGUCUGACGUGUUUGAGGAAGGCCCGCUCGCUGGCUGGCUCUCUUCCUGACUCCCUCCCUCUCCCUAAGGCCUCUCUCAGGGCCAGGCUGGUGCUGAUGCUAACAGGGCUGGCCCUGGAGGAGGCCUGAGGUGCUUCACAGAUUGGAGUGGGGUGGGCCGAGAUGGCCUGCGGGUCACGCCAUAUGUAGACAGAAGUUUAACUCCAAAGAUCACGUUAUUGAUGUUAUCGGUGGCAAGUUCAGCGUGUUAACGUGUUUGUCAGGUGAUUUGAAAUUGGCUAACGUGUUUGGGGAAGAUUUUCCACACGUUCAGUUGAAGGAAUGAGAUUUAGAAGCCGUCAUUUCUACUUAGUGCACAUAGUUUAAAGGAACAGCCAGGUUUUUCUAUUUAAUGUUAACCUUAACACUUCAGGUCAAAUAAAAGCGUUUUAAUGGUAGGCACUUUGGUUGUAAAAGAGUACAAUAAGGGAAAGUUUGUACGGAGCCGUAAGAGAAAAGCUGUCACGGAUGCAGCUUCCUGCUGGCCUGGCUUUGGCCUAAAUAGGGUGGCCAGCCUAGGCAACAAGUCCUAAUUUAGCACCUUUAAAAAUACGGAAUUGUUCCCAGUUGAAUGUAAAGACAAACCUCCCCAAAAGACAGGACUAGGCAUUACAAUUCACCUGUGCAGUUCAGCUGCUGCUCCCAUGAGAGCAAAGGGCAUUUCUCAGUCUCUUCCUGGAACCCCUGGCACUUUGCCCCCUCCACACGGUGGCUUCAGGAAACAGUGCUGUUGAAUUCGACUUUUUAGCACAAAUGUGAUGGUGUGUGUGGUGGGACUGCUUCGAUUACUUUAAUAUCUGAGUUGUACAGUGGAUCCUUGAAUAGCUCAGGUUUGGACUGCACGGGUCCACGUAGGUGUGGAUUUUUUUCACACGAAAAGUGCUGCAGUACUGCAGGGUCCGCAGCUGGUUGAACUGCGGAUGCAGAGGCCGCCUGUAAAGUGAUUCUCAGGUGUUGAUGGCUGGGGGUUGGCGCCCCAACCCUGCAUUGUUCCGGGGUCCACUGUAAUGGAAAAGUUGCUCCACUUGGGACCCAGGAUCACAUCGUGAACCUGCUGACUUGCUCAUUGCACACAGCGAAGACGUGUGGAUGGGCAUGGGUUCAGGCUCCAGCCCCACCAUGCACAGGCCAAGCGGCAGGGCAACUCUGGCCAUCCUGGAGCCGCAGGUUUCUGUCUGAAUGGGAGGGGCCGUGGUGCCAGCAGGGGCCGGCUUCCCGGUGAGAAAACUGAGGCCGCACGGCCAAGCCGCUCAGGGGCCCUGGAACAAACGCUGCGCUGGAGUCUGCUCUGGUCCCCAGCCCUGCUGUGGUGCCAGGUUCGGAAGGAGCUGCCCGCAGGUUUGUGGGCAGCGAGAGCUUUGCCCCGGGGUCUUCAUUGGCUUCGGGCUGGCAAGCCCCCCGUCCUCUGCAUCCUCCUCAUCCUGAGGUUCAUGCAGGGACAUGCUGGGCUGCAGGAGCUGAGGGCAGAGCUGCUCUUGACUUUGAGCAAGUGGCUUCAACUGUUUGAGGCGCGAUCCUCUGUUGUGGAAUAAGGGUGACGAAGCCCUUUGCAUCCCUUGGUGACCUGGGUUCUCGCAGGCCAAGUCCUCAGGGAAUUGCACGGCAUGUUGAAAUAGGAGCAGGGAGGAUGACCGCCACGCACAGAUAAGGAACUGGGACGCAGACGGGUGAUUACCCGAGAGUCCUGGUCAUGGAGUGGGGACCUGGUCUAGGGAGGACCUGGAGGUGCACAGCUGGCACCUUGGGGAGCGGCCUGGACAGAGACCAGGGCGGGGCCUAGAGAAGCAGGGACACCAAGGGGAGCCCGAGGAGUGGCGGCAGGAAGUGCCGGAGGCGGGCGAGUCUGGAGAGCCCUGGGUGCAGUGGCCUGUGCUGUGGACUGGCCCCGGGGAGGUGGACACAAACGUGUCCAAAGGACUUUGCAGCCGGUGAGGGCGGCUUCUGGGGACGCGCGGGAGGAGUGUGAGCCAGGUGACAUUAGCAGAAACGAAAGCCCAAGCGGUGCUGCUUUGCAUGUCACAUGUCCUCUUGGCCUUUCACUGGAGCGUGUCGCUGGCUGGGUUCUUGUUCCUGGGUGAUUUGUGGUACAGAAGGAAGCCACGGUGUGGAUGAAACAGCAAAUACUGAGAAACCUGCUUGAUGGUGUUGAUGAAAACAGGAAUGUCCGAAGGUGACAGUGUGGGAGAUUCUGUCCAUGGGAAACCUUCCGUGGUGUACAGGUUUUUCACAAGACUUGGACAGAUCUACCAGUCCUGGCUGGACAAGUCCACACCGUACACGGCCGUGCGCUGGGUGGUGACGCUUGGCCUGAGCUUCGUCUACAUGAUCCGCGUUUACCUGCUGCAGGGUUGGUACAUCGUGACCUACGCCUUGGGAAUCUACCAUCUAAAUCUCUUCAUAGCUUUUCUUUCUCCAAAAGUGGAUCCUUCCUUAAUGGAAGAUUCAGAUGAUGGCCCCUCGCUACCGACCAAGCAGAAUGAGGAGUUCCGGCCCUUCAUCCGAAGGCUCCCGGAGUUUAAGUUUUGGCACGCGGCGACCAAGGGCAUCCUGGUGGCCAUGGUCUGCACCUUCUUCGAGGCGUUCAACGUCCCGGUGUUCUGGCCCAUCCUGGUGAUGUACUUCAUCAUGCUUUUCUGUAUUACAAUGAAGAGGCAAAUAAAGCACAUGAUCAAGUACCGGUACAUCCCAUUCACGCACGGCAAGAGGACGUACAAGGGGAAGGAGGACGCAGGCAAGACGUUCGCCAGCUAGACGCGGCCGCCCCCGCGGGCCCCGCUGUGACGCCUUCCCUUCUCACAUAAAGUAGUUGAUUACAAGGGAGUUAUUUUCUUUUUAAAAAGGAGCUUCAAUUAUUUGUAACUGAAAUGUCAGGUUCUUGAAGAAACUGGCAUUUAAACCAAAUCGCAUUGAUUUAUUUUCCAGUGCCGGUCAGGCGUUCAGACGCUGGACUUGUAGUAGAGCGCAGGCCGGGCGGACAGCUGGGUGGGCUUGGGGAGGGCGGGCGGGCCGGCGGCAGGGCCAGGCCCGCGGGAGGAACCAGGACGCCCAGCUGCUGCCUCCAAGGACGCUCGCCGCGGCCCCGACGCCACGUGGAGGACGCCCGCCCGUCCUGUGCGGAGGAGCUUCCCCAGCAGCCCUGGGUUCUAACGCCAGUUUCCCGACGUCGUCUCGCUCGAGAUGGGUCGAGUUGGCCUCUUAUCAUAAUGACUCAAAAAACUUUGUUCCUGACCACCAUGAUUGCUUUUGAGGGCCUGGAAUUAUAAAUAUAUAUUUUAAUUGUU